AUGUUCAUUAUGUCAGAGAAGCCUGAAGAGUUCGACUUCAGGAAUAACAAAACUUCGGAGGAAGCUUUUCGCAGACUGGCUCCUGCUUUGCUGUCUUGCACUAGAACGUUGUAAGUAUCACUCACUAUUUGUGUAGCAUGUUUAAAUCGCACGUCAAUUAUAAAUUGAAAGUUUGUAAUGGCAAUUAUGAACUCAAUCUUUUUCACAGGCUCAACUUUUGUGACAUCACAGCACUGGAGUGUGCAACUGUAUCCUCAGUUCUCCAGUCUGAGAAUUCUCGUCUGACAGUCCUGGACCUGGGCCACAACUACCUGCGCGAUGAAGGGGUGAUCCGCCUCUGCUGUGAGCUGCGGAACCCCAACUGCAAGGUGGAAACCCUGAAUCUACGCCACAAUCAUGUGGGAGUUGGAGGUGUCAAGGCAAUCUGCAAAGUGCUGACUUGUCCCACCUCAAAACUUCUGAACUUGGACCUCAGCUGCAAUGACCUUGGGGACCCGGGGGCAGAGUUGCUUGCGUUUGCCCUCCACAAGCGUUGCAAGCUGCAAGCGCUGAGGUAUGUACAGCAGUACCAAACACAUUUGAAGGGGUUCAUCUCUGUGCUGAUCUCUGUGCUGCCCUAUGGAUAUAGAUGGUUCUUCAAUGUUCAAUGUUUCUAGUUUUAAUGUUGAAACAAAUUUGUAUUUUUUUCCAUAAUUAUUUUUCCUAUUCUCAUUUACAGGCUCUGGUUGUUUGAUCACACUGCCUGAGAACGUGUCCUCUGUCCUGGCCAUAGCUUUGAGGUCAGAACCCUUCCAGAUGAAAGAGCUGGAUCUGAGCUACAAUCCCCUCAGAUACGUUGAAUUGGAUUUCCUGCUACAGCUGAAGUGAGUUUAGAUUGAGUAAAAAUACAAAUAUGCUUCUAAAUAAAAUAUGAAUGAGUAGAGCUAAACAUUGAGAGAUUAGAACUUUAUCAAUUAAACUAUUUAAUUAAAGAAAUGAAACCUUCUAGCUAUGAGCCUUGUUACAUCCUAGUGUCAUUAUACUGCAUCCCCUGAGUAGUAUGAGCAUUUCCAGGCUUUCAUUCAUUCCUCUUUAUUAUGUAUCUUUCAGCAUGGACCACACAGGAGAGAGCAGGAAUAAACCAGGUCUGAAGAAAUGUGAGUAAAUAUCCAUUUGUCAUUCUCACCUUUACGAACACAGUGAUUGACAGUGGUCUCUGUAGAAUAUUUGACAUAUAAGAGGACCAUGUACCAAUUUAUAAUAGUGUCAAGUGUGACAGCAAAGCUUGUGUAGCAGGUAACUGAAACUUAUAAUCUGCACAUUUCAGAUGCCAGUGAGCUCACACUAGACCCCAGCACAGCAAAUUGUUUCCUGUCCCUGUUCGAGGGGAACAGGAAAGUGACGCGCCAGAGGAAGGAGCGAGACUAUCCCAGCACCCAAGAGCGGUUCGAUGAAUGCAACCAGGUGCUGAGCAAGGAGGACCUCGGCGGGCGGCAUUACCUGGAGGUUGAGUGUCUGCACGACGUACAUAUAGGCAUGGCCUACAAGCGGUUAGAGAGGAACGGGGCCGGAGACAAUGUAACGCUAGGACGGAAUGCUGUUAGGUUAGUAUUAUGGAGUAACUACAAUGUUGUUUAUCCAUCCUCAGUUCUCUCAUAUCACAACCAUUAAACUCUAACUAAUACUUAUUGACAUUUCAGCAUUUCAUUUUUAAUUAAUUUGUCAAAAUGUCUAAACUAAAUUCCACUUUGACAUUACGGGGUAUUGUGUGUAGAUCAGCGACACAACAUCUCAAUUUAAUCAGGCUGUAACAAAAUGUGGAAAAAGUAAACGGGUGUGAAUACUUUCUGAAGUGUCUGUAUGUAUAUAAUGUAUCUAUGUAAUGUAACGUUUUUGCUCAAUGCACAUUAGGAACGACAAUGGAAAUAAGUCUUACAUUUUGUGAUGUCACGUUUCUUAAAAUCUACAGUAUGUACUGUGUGUGUGUGUGUGUGUGUUUUUAACUGGCAAAUAAAAUCAAUAAAUCAGUCAAUUAAUGCAAUUGUUGUAUAAAUGUAUUCAACACCCAACCGUAGUACUACUACGUAGUAGUAGUACACCUCCUUCUCUCCUACCUUGCUGUUGAACACAUCCUCCUCUUUAUUGCAAAGCCAGUCCCGGCACUGUUACAGGCAUCAUUUCUAUGGAUGUGUAUAUUACUAGAACAUGAUUAAAGUGAUAAUGCCCGAGAAGCCGGCUGGAAUGUGGUUUUAACCAAUCAGCAUUCAGGAUUAGACCCACCUGUUGUAUAAUUUAAUAUAGCAACCUGUUUUACACCAUUACUACAUGUCAUUGUAAUUGGCUGAAGACUAAAGAAUGUAAUGUUUAAAAAGAAAAACGUUUUACUAUGUUUCUAGAUGAAAUAAUGUUGUUGAAUUGUAAUAUAUCUUAUUUUUUUCAUGCAUUUUGAGUUUUUUAAAAAUAUGGUUACUUUCAAAGCCCUCUACCCCAUCUAGUGCUAGUACAAGGUAAGACAUGGAAGCGACUUGCAAUGUGUAACUCAAUCCUUUUCUAACUGACAGCAGUGCAUGUCUGAAUUAAUACUACUAAUAAGUCCACUUCCUUUUGGAGAAUAGAAUUUAACUAAUGACCUACUGAAUUGACCUACUUCUCACUUAUAACAUAGUUUUUCGGUUUAAUUCGUGGAGAGAUUGGGUUUACCCCUGGAGGUGGAUCAUCAUGUGACUUCUGCCAUGUAGCUGGAUCACUGGCCUUUUCUCAAUAGAAUUUGCUUAACUCUUGCAUCCUCUCUCCUCUGUCCUCUCUCACCUCCUUUUGAAAAAGGUCAAAGGUAAUCGAGGAGAGGCAGCGAGGACUCCUCCACGUGGCAUCAUCAGGCAAAUGACCAUAACGGGUGGAUCCCAAAAUAAAUGUGUUAAGUGAUAUAAACAAAUAUAGUUGUGCAGGACAAUGUAUAGAUACAACGGUAAGUGGCAUAUUGUUAUUAAACAUGUGCUUACUUUUGUCCUCUGACAAAACAAAAGCUGAUUCAAGGGGUUGUGGCAGAUUUAAAAACUCCUCUGCGAAGGACUCUGGUAGGAUACACAUGACUAUCCUUGAUGAAAGGUGGCUAUAGAGGAGGGGAGGACACUCUUCCAUUUGCCUACUAACAAAUUGACCUCUCCUCCACCAGUCACAGAGGAGCGUGGAUGGAGGAGAGGGUGGAGGACAGACUUUUUCCUAAAUGAGAAAAGGCCACUGUCUACUAGUGCCAUCCCAACUGGCAUUAACAUUACUGUCAGCGCUAACAGUUUUUUUAUAUAAAUAGUUGCAUUUUUAAAUACACUGAAAAAAUAUAAACGCAACAAUUUCAAAGAUUUUACUGAGUUACAGUUCAUAUAAGGAAAUCAGUCAAUUUAAAUUAAUUAAUUAGGCCCUAUUCAAUGGAUUUUACAUGAAUGGGAAUACAGAUAUGCAUCUGUUGGUCACAGAUACCUUAAAACAAAAGUAGGGGCGUGGAUCAGAAAACCAGUCAGUAUUUGCCUCAUGCAGCGCGACACAUCUCCUUUGCAUAGAGUUGAUCAGGCUGUUGAUUGUGGCCCAUGGAAUGUUGUCCCACUCUUCAAUGGCUGUAUGAAAUUGCUGGAUAUUGGCGGGAACUAUAUGCCACACCUGUCAGGUGGAUGGAUUAUCUUGGCAAAGGAGAAAUGCUCACUAACAGGGAUGUAAACAAAUGUGUGCACAAAAUUAGACUGAAAUAAGCUUUUUGUGGAAAUGGAAAAUGUCUGUGAUCUUUUAUUUCAGCUCAUGAAACCAGCACUUUACAUGUUGUGUUUAUAUUUUAGUUCAGUGUAGUAUCCUCAAAUGAAUUUACAGUGGAUUGAAUUUAACCAAUGUCUUAUUGAGGAUUUGAAUGUGCUCUCUAGCAACUUCAUAUGUGCAAGGCUUCUUGGUGCCCCAAUGAACAUACUAAGAAAACCAAACAUGACUAGGCUAUUAUGACCUAAAUAGGAGAAACACUAUCUCUGUGUUUACAACAAAACAUUUACAAAAUACUUGUAUUAUUGUUUAUUAAUUCUGACAUGUCAGUUAGAAAGGUAUGGGAGUUACAUUUCAAGUUGCUUCCAUGUCUUAUCUUGUGCCAACACUAGAUGGUGUAGAGAUCUUUGAAAGUAAAAAUAUUCCAAACAAAACCUCAAAAUGCAUGAAAAAAUGAGAUAUAGUACAAUUCAACAAAAUAAAACCAAUAUUUAAAAAUGCAAAAUGUAUUAUUUAAUCUAGAAACAAAACAAAAAACAUUAAAAUUGUCUUCAGUCAUGUCCAAUGACAUGAUAUAAUGUUCUAGUAAUAUACACAUCCACAGAAAUGAUGCAUGUAACAGUGCAGGGACUGCCUUCAACUGGCUUUCGCCAAAGAAUGGACCGGCAUGA